UCAGCCUUCAGUAGGGUUGAUCCGUCAUAUUCAUGUUGCAGUUGUGAAUUGGUGUUUUGCUAUUUAAGUUUUAGUGUCGUUUCACAGUCGUUGAGGUCGAAGGUCGAAAUUCUCAUUGGACCAUGGAAAAAACUCUGCCCAUCUGUCUUCAUUAGAAGAAGAAAAGAAAAAAAACAAUAUACGCAAUUCGACUUGGCAAAGGAGCAUCAUGAAAUCAAAAAAGAACGAUCUUGAGGGAAAUCUCGACCCAUCAGAGUCUCAGCCCUCAGCCGAAACCCAAGAGCGCUAUGACGAGUUUGAUUUGUCCACGACAAAGGCAGCAGCUCUGUCAGCCGCGAUGCAGGCCUCGAGGGCCGCUAACAAGAGUCCAAUGAGCGACGAGGGCAUCGAAACCGAUAGCGAACGAAAGCGCGGAUCGAUAUCCAGGUGCUGGAGCAUCGAUUCUGCGGCUACGAGCGAAGAGGAUUAUGGACAGAAAAUACAGAAGCUCAGGGUUACGCGCUGCCUCAGCUCGGAUAGUGCUGUUUUGAGCGACGAUGAUCAAAACAAGGGUGAUGGAGUAGAAAGCGAGAGCAGUGUCGAGGGCAGGCCGAGGUAUUGGAGAACGCCGAGUGUGGUGGUGAGCGACUACUCGGACUACUCGUACUUCGACGAGAGGUCGGAGCGAUGUGACUCGGACCUGGAAAAAUUGGAUGCCUGCAUAUUGAGUAGUGACACCCCCAGCCAGGCGAGCAGUUGUUCUUGCCUUGACUGUGACGAGGGCCGAGAUUUUACCGAUCCCUUGCCUAGCCUUGACAACCACUUGCUGCAACAGAUCUGCCUGAAUCGCAGACACUCCGAUUCGUGCUGCCUUUGUAUCGGACCCGGCAGCCUCAACAUAUCCAGGCACACAAAUAACGGUAAAAGCCGGCGAAAUUCGUGCCUGGGUUCACCGAGUCCGUACUAUUCAAAAUUACCGGUCAACACUGAAGAAUCGAACAAGACGCUGGGAGAUCAAAAAGAAAAGACAUCGUCAACAGCAUCGAUCGAGUUUCUCGACAUUCUACCACCUCGAAAGAUCUCGGAUUGUUCCACGCUCUCGAGUUUAAGUGGUGACGAGUUCGAGGUCACCGAACUGCGGCAAGUCAAACGGCCUCAGGUGAGAAGUGGUUGUUUUCAAAUAGCAGUGCGCAAUUUUUUUAUUUUUAAUCGACUGAGAGUUAGAUUCCACAAUUUGAAAAUCAAACCAUGCUCUCAGCGCAAGUACCUCUGA